AUUCACGCAGGACGACGAGCAAAUCACGUGUCUCAGCUGUUAUCCGACCUGUGACCGCUGUGAAGGCCCGCUCGACACACAGUGCACCGAGUGUCGGGAGGAGUAUAAACUACACGAAGGCAAAUGUCAGGUGCCACGCGGAGGACCAGAACUUAAGUGUGGUGCAGACAUGUACGUCGACAACGCAGGCGAGUGCGGCAGUUGUCACUCUCUAUGUAAGACGUGCGUUGGACCCCGCGAGACGGACUGUGUCACCUGCUUCCAUGGAACGUUUCUGGACAUGUCUGGGUCGUGCGUGGACGCGUGUCCGGCGGGACAGUACCCCAGCAGCAGCGGCGAGCGCGUGUGUCUGCCCUGUAACAACAUGUGUCUGCUUUGCUCGGGGGGCGACGAUGCAGACUGCAGGUCUUGUCGCCCCGGCCUCCACCUGGACAACGGUCACUGUGUCGCCAGCUGCCCACACGGUAAGUACGCAGCAUCUACUGGUCGCUGUGAGCCAUGUCACGCGUCGUGCGCCGGCUGCCUCGGCUCCAGCGACAAGGACUGCAGCAGCUGUAAGCCCGGCAUGUUCCUGCUCGACUACGCUUGCUACGGCCGCUGCCCCGACGGUUACUACGCCGAGGAGGUGGACGGUCAGAUGACGUGUGUUACCUGUUAUCACUCGUGCAAUACCUGCUCAGGUGACGGACCAAACAAGUGCCUGAGCUGCCAGUCAGACUUCAUCCUGCGCGAACACAUCUGCUACGAACCAUGCUCAGACUCCGAGUAUUUCAACAGAUUCAAACAGAUGUGUGCGCGGUGUCACUCUAACUGUGCGACGUGUAGCGGACCAUCUGAGUCGUCGUGCACAUCCUGCUCCGACGGAUACGGACUCGAUGGCCCCAGGUCACGCUGCGUGCCGUGCUGCCCUCACCACGACGACCCGACCAUGCACGGAUGCUGCACCUGCGACCAUCAACACAGUACGUAA